UAGUUCCUGCAGGGCCAGGGAACAGGGGGCCGGAGCCUCUCUGAUGCUGUGCUCUGUCCUGCUUUAAACCGAUGGAUGCCGGUGGACCGUGUGCGCGGCGAUGAGACCGGGAGGGGAAGAGCCAGAGCCAAGGCUGCGAUUUGUGUGAGAGAGAGAGAGAAAAUAACAUUGUAACCCGGAAUAAAGAGCCCGAGGCUGGAAAGGGGGGGAUCCGGUUUCCGAAUGGGCAUUGGCUUUGGAGAGCUGCUGCGCUCGGAGUAGAGUGUGGUUUGCAGUAAAAAUAAAUCAGAGAAUCAUUUCGCUGCUCGGGAUUAGAUGGGGACAGUUCAUUGCAAAGGUUCAUGCAACAUUUGGAGUGAGAAGAUGUCUCUCAACUGUCCUUUGAACAGCAUUGCUGUGAGAAAUGGCUUUCUGCUCCAGCCCCACAGUCCAUUCCUAUAAAGUCUCCCAGCGGCUGCUCUUUGGCUUCACCCUGUCUCUCUCCCUCACCUAUGUCUGCUACUCAUUGCUGAGUUGUUACACCUCUCUGCAGUUCCCGGUGCACGACAGCAGCCCGCUGUCCCAGGGCACUGAGCACAAGCCGGGCAGCGUGAGCGAGCCCCCCGGGACCAGGCUCUGGCUCGGUGUGACUAACCCCCGGGGCCAAGCGGUCAGCAGCGAGAGCCCGGCCGAAGUGACCACUGCCCACAGCCUGCUGCACAGGGAAGGCCAGGAAUCCAGUACCACGGCCGAGGAGCUGAGCCCGAGGAACAGCACGCCGGACUUCGGGCUCCAGCGGCUACCUCAGGCCAUCAUCAUCGGGGUGAAGAAGGGAGGUACCCGGGCGCUGCUGGAGGCGAUCCGGGUCCACCCGGACGUCAGGGCAGUCGGAGUGGAGCCGCACUUUUUCGACAGGCAUUACGACAGGGGUCUGGAAUGGUACAGAAGCUUGAUGCCCAAGACGCUGGAUGGUCAGAUCACCAUGGAGAAAACACCCAGCUACUUUGUUACCAGGGAGGCACCAAAGCGAAUCUUCUCGAUGGCAAAGGGCACUAAACUCAUCGUAGUGGUCAGGAACCCAGUGACGAGAGCCAUCUCAGACUAUACCCAGACACUGUCCAAGAAACCUGAGAUUCCAACCUUUGAGGUUCUAGCCUUCAAGAACAGAACCCUGGGCCUGAUCGAUGCCUCUUGGAGUGCUAUCCGCAUUGGAAUCUACGCCUUGCACCUGGAGAACUGGCUCCAGUUCUUUCCCCUCUCCCAGAUCCAUUUUGUCAGUGGGGAGAGGCUCAUCAUCGACCCAGCCGGAGAAAUGGGCAAAGUGCAGGACUUCCUGGGCCUCAAGAGGAUCGUUACAGACAAGCACUUUUACUUCAACAAAACCAAGGGGUUUCCUUGCCUGAAGAAACCAGAGGACAGUAGCACGCCGAGGUGUCUCGGCAAAUCUAAGGGAAGGACUCAUCCAAAAAUAGAUCCGGAUGUAAUCCAUAGACUACGGAAGUUUUACCGGCCUUUCAAUGUCAUGUUCCAUCAGAUCACAGGAGAAGACUUUGAUUGGGAAAAGGAUGAAAAUCAAGAAAUCAGUUGAGGGUAUCAACAGCCUGAAAUUUAAAGGAAGAGAUAAUAGAAACUGGUUUCUUACUGAGAAAAAGAUAUA